AUGGCUCCGCGAGGACUGACAAACCCUGCGCCAAAGACGGAGUCCGCGCGGUCUGCGUUGAGCUCAUUCACCUGCACACUAUGCAACAAGUCUUACUCGCGUCAUCCGGAAUACGAAGCUCAUAUCGGCUCAUAUGAUCAUCAACACCGGAAGCGUAUGCAAGACUUGAAGCAGAUCUCGCGAGACCCCAAUGCAGCAGAGAAAGCGCGCCGCGCAGAACGCAAAGCCGAUGCGGAGGCCGGACUGAAAGUCAUCGAGACGCCUGGUGAUAGUGCGCCUCGGGCUAGCACCAGCACCGGCGGAGGUGGCUUCAAAAAGGGAGGGUUUAAGAGCUCUUUCGCUGCUGUGAAGGGCUCUGCGGCCCCCGCGGCUCCGGUGAAGAGAAACGUCCUCGGGGAUGACGACGAUACCCCUCAGCCUAAGAACGAACCUCUGCCAACUGCGAGGUCUCAGCAGAAGGAGACCUCUGGUGAGAUUGAAAGUGAUGAUGAUCAAGAGUACGGUCAAGGUGCGGAGGCAUACUAUGAUCCCCGUCGACCAACGGAUUGUUUUGCUGGAUGCGUGGCUUUGAAUCUACAAGCUACGGCGUGA